CAACCGUUUUUGAGAUUUCGUUCUUUCUUAAUUUAAGUAGAUAGGCGAUUGCGUUUACAUUUGCGUUCCAAAGUUCGCCGAGUGAACUGACUUGCUAAAAAGAUUUUGGGACCCUUUUUUUUUUAACCAUUAUACUUUAUAAGGCUUCCUGAUGCAACUCAGUGAAAUAUCUUUGCCGUGAAACGUUUUAAACAUUUUAUUGAGAAUUCAUAACAUUUACAAACACUCAUGCCAUAUCUAUUUUUAUUUAUCAGCAAGAAGCGCGUAAGACGCGUUUAUGAUCGACGUGCGCGUUCUCGAAACUUCCUGACGUGCGCGCGCCACAACAUCCGAGCGUCAUCAACGAACUUCUCACAGUUUCAGGAGAGGAGACCAAAGUGUGUAAGUUCGUUUCAGAUUAACUAUACAAUGAAAACCUGGCGGUUUGCUGAAAGCCUCCUUCACGUGUGUGUUCUUCUGAUAACUCGAGAUAACUUUUUAACAUCAGCAGCUGCAGUUUCCAAACGCUUCUUUUCGUUUAAACUGAGGUAAGUUUGAUAACGUCCUCUCAACUGAAGAAACACAGUACCCUUUACCUUUGCGUUAUUACUUUUAAUUCGCUGUAUUUUCGUCGUUCAACUCUGGCCACUGUAUGAAUUUGGAAGCUCGAGCCUGUCGCGUGAUACUUCAACUGUACUAUGCUAAUGGCUUGAAUUAUAUGUCCCAGGUGGUCUGUCCCUGAACCUUACAGUUUACAAGUCACUGACUCAAUUUCAAGUAGGUGUGGAGCAUGUGGGCCAGCUGCUGCGGCUGGCUCUGUCUGGAUAAUUCCACAGUGGAGGACACCAGAAGUAGCUCACGUCAUCAGACAUUCACAAACUCGGGCUUCAACAGUUACCCAUCUCCCACGGCUCCUGAACACAUGUGCAAGGCAUGCGGUGGUCGCUUUGACAGCAUGGCCAGGAAGCACGUGUGCAUGGACUGCAAAAAAAAUUACUGCAGCCAGUGCUCUGCUCAGCUGGAUCUCCAGCCAUGGCUGUGCCACACUUGCCAGCGUUUCCACAGCAUCUUGUUUCAGCGAGCAGAGCUAAUGAAGCUCAAGGUAAAGGACCUGAGGGACUACCUCCACCUGCACGGUGUCCCCACGCAGAUGUGCCGCGAGAAGGAGGAGCUGAUCGAGCUGGUUCUUGGCCAGCAGACACCUACAUCUGAAACACUCAUUCAACCCCAAAUGAACACACACAUAGACCAGGAAGCCCCUAGCAAUCCAGUCAUAAUGGCGAGCCUCUCAGGAAACAAUACACCAUCAGAAUUGGAACCCCAGAUUCAAGCAAUGGAGGAUGAACAGAGCUUGUCAGGGGCAGAAGCAACAGCUGAAAGCGAGAUGGACACAGAGCUACAGGUGGAUCAGGACUUGCAGUCGUCAGACUCUGAGGAGGUGUUUGCCCCGGGACGGCGGGCGUCCCUCUCAGACCUCAGAUCAGUGGACGAUAUUGAAGUUCUGAGCGUCCGGCAGCUGAAGGAGAUCCUGGCUAGGAACUUUGUCGACUACAAGGGCUGCUGUGAGAAAUGGGAGCUGAUGGAGAGAGUAACUCGCCUCUAUCAUGACCAGAAGGACCUGCAGAACAUGGUGUCUAGCGCCACAGAAGGCACAGACACUGGCUCUGGGCCAGCCGUGGAGGAGAAUCUCUGUAAGAUCUGUAUGGACUCACCCAUUGACUGUGUUCUUUUGGAGUGCGGACACAUGGUCACGUGCACCAAGUGUGGCAAGCGCAUGAGUGAAUGUCCAAUUUGCCGACAGUACGUGGUGCGGGCGGUGCACGUGUUCAGAUCCUGAUCUGCAUUUUCCCAUCUACAAAGGUUGUUCUUGUUCUUUGAGCUGAGAUGAGCAACAUCCCUCAUAUUUGUACAGUCCUUCCCCCAAACAAUGGAAUUAAUAUCCAAUAGAACUGGAAAUGUCAGGUGGCCUGUAAUUCUUGCACAAUUAUCUUGUGGCACUUUAAAUUUGAACAAAGAUGUGCAAAUCUAUAAGCAGUAACAAUACUGGUUUCUGUUUUGUUUUUGUCUCAGUUUAAUUAACUUUGCAAGGUGUGCCUUCUAAAACUGGAAGUGGAGACUUCUGAUCACGGGAUGUCACUCUUCUGUAGACAAAUCUACUGACUUAAGUCAAUGUAUCAAAAACACCUAUUUCUACCAGUGCCCCUAUUAGUAUACAUGUGUCAACACUCAACAUAUACCAAUAGAGGACUGUAUUUAUGCGCACACACUGUGUGCAGGAUCUUCUGAAGGUGUAUAACUAUGCCUUGCAUGUCACUGCCCUGGUUCUUUUCUAUCAAGCCUGUUUCUUUGUAUUCUUUUUUUUAUAUUUAAACUUUUUUUUAUAUACGGGUUAAAAUAUAAUCUACCAUCACCCACCUGGCUGACACUGAAAAAAUUUACAAACAGGAAUCAAACUGGUCCCACGAGUUUGGUCAGAUCUUAAAUAUGUUGAUAAAGCUCAUAUGAGAAUCUGCAAACCUCAAAACAGACAAGGGUGUAACCUGGAAAACAAGUCAAGAUUGAGCAAACAGAUUCUCAUUAAUUCUCAUUACAGCUUUGUCUAACUUUAUCUCACUUGUGUUUGUACCACCAUCCAGCUUAAGUGUGAAGACCACAAUUAGUAUCAUCAUCAUGCCGUUAUUACUAUGUCCAAAGGCUCAUUUAUGUCAUAGUGGUAUCUAACUAAAAUUAUUUCUCUCUGUCUAGCAUAUAUAUAUAUAUAUAUAUAUGGGUUGAGCUUAUUUCACUCUAUUUAGGAGUUUGGAGGAUGGUAGAAUAAAUCUUUAACAUUUACAUUUAUGCAUUUGGCAGAUGCUUGUAUCCAAAGCAACUUACAGUGCACUUAUUACAGGGACAAUCCCCCCAGAGCAACACUGGAUUUAAGUGUCUUGCACAAGGACACAAUGGUGGUGGCUGUGGGGAUCGAACCAGUGACCUUCUGAUUAACAGUUUAGUGCUUUAGCCCACUACGCAAAAAAAAAAUAUUUUUCAUUUACUCAGCUUUACGCUGUCAAACUCAUGUGACAUUCUUUCUUCUGCAGAACAUAAAGAAAGAUAUUUUGGAGGAUCUUUGUGUUUUUUUUCUCUACAAGUCAAUGGGGUCCAAAACGUUUUCAUGCUCGCAAAAGUAUGUAAAGGCAGCAUAAAUGUGCAUUUACGUGCAUUAAACACUCUGAGUGGUUGAGGAAGUGUGAAUGCACUAAAGAGACAGGAGCAGAUGGAAAAUAAAAUCUCACCCAAAAUGGAUUGGAUCACUUCAGAAGCCUUGGAUUAAACCAUUCGAGUUGUAUGGGUUACCUUUAUGCUGCCAUUAAGCCCUUUUUUGGAGCUUAGAAAUUUUGAAACCCAUUGACACACAUGCAUUAUAAAUCCUUUAAAAUAUCUUCGUUAGGCUGAGUAAUUGAUGAGAGAAUCGUUAUUUUUUGGGUUAGCUAUCCUUUAAGUACAUGUUUGUGUUGUAUUUGACAGCAGAAU